AUACGGAAACGGAAAUUAGUCUCAUAAGUGCCAAAGGUCAUCAAACUCAUAAUUAAAACUCAGACAAAAAGAUGGGUAGCUUUUUCACAAAACCUAUGAGCAAUGUGAUGGACGAGAAUAUGAAAAAGCAACAAGAAUUUCAGCUCUCCGCUCAGAAGAUGCAGAUGGAGCGUCAAAUGAUGAUGCAAGUACAAAUGAGGAACAAGGGAGUGGCACAGCAGCUGUCGAUGGCUAGGGAAGCAUUCAACUGGUAUGCUGGUUUUUACGUGACAGCUACACUUGGUAUGAUCGCUGGUUUUGCUAAGACUAAAAACCCAGCAGUUCUGUCUCCUCUCAUUCCAUUAACAUUCCUUGUUGGAUAUCAAGCAGACAUGGCACUGGGAAACAAAAUGGAGAGGAUACUAAAUGAUGCUGAUAAAAUAUUAUCAAAUGAGACCGGGUUGUUGAGAUUACCUGGUGAGCCACUCUCAGUGGCAAUGAUCGACAGAGAAAGAAGCAAAUCCAAGUAACUUAUUAGAAUUUAUGAGAACUCAAUAGUAGAUUUUUUGUUCAAGAUAAUUGCUGUAGCUCAAUGAUUACUUUUUGACAACGGAUUAUAUAUAAAAUAUCAAA